AUGACCAUAAAGUUAAAUACUUUACAGAGUCAUGCGCAAGAAAAUGUUGGACCUACAGAAGAAUCUUUAGAACAAGAAGCCAAAAGUGAUGUAAACAGAUUAUUCACUAAAAUCAAGUCCGUAAGUUAUUUUGAUGAUAAUGACAACAAUAAAACUGCACCAAAAGAUACUGACAAAUUAUCUGAAAAAAUUAAACGAAUAAAAAGAUCUACAUUUAGAGGCAAUCAAAAAACAUUCCGCAGAAACAUUCCCAGUGAUUAUGUCCCUAACGCUGAUGACCAGAAUCGCUUUUACAACGUAAUGCACCAAUUAGCUUCGUCUCAUAACAAAUCUAUAAUUAAGAGAUUAAAUAUGAAAAAAAAUGAAAAGUUUGUUGAUUCAUUACGUAGAAGUUUUGCAAAUAUAAAUUCUCAAAUGUAUCCUGUGGAAAUUAUAUCUGGUGAAACGAGUAGAAUAGAUGAUGAUGACGAUGAAGACGAAACUUCGUCAGAAUUUGACAAUAGAAGCAUUAUACGUUAUUCGUACGAUGAAAACGAUUCUAACAAUUUUAUGGAUAGUAAUGAAAAUAGAAGAACUACAUUCCAAACUUAUGAAACUUCCAGAACUAGAGACAACCUACCUGUAUCAGACAAUUUAGAACAGUUUAAUAAACUGCUAAGACGAUUGAACAAAAACGAUGAUAAUGGAAGAAUGAGAAUUAGAGGAAAAAACGAAUCUGAUAAUGAUCAGAUUUUCUUAAAACGUUUCCUUCCAAAUAGGGAAGUGAACGAAGAAAAUUUGUAUGCAAUUAAUGAUGACGCUAACGAAAAUAAUCACAAAAGAACUAUAAUAACUGUUCUGCGGACGGACUUGAGUGAUGAACAGAUACGUGCAGAUAUCAACGAUAAAAUUUACAAAUUCAUGCAUCAUUUUGAUGAUGAUGAUGAAAACGAGAGACAUGUGCACGAUACAAAGGAUGACGAUGAAACGCGAACGAGAAGAUCCCCAGAAACACGAGCAGGAUAUACUCAAAAUCCUGACACUUGCAAAACUUACAACGAAAAUCUCGUGAAACUCUGGGCCAAUCUGUCAAAAUAUCUUAAUGUCACUGAACAACCUGACGAACUUGCCCUACAUAACAUAGCAAUGAUAAUACAAGCGUACCUUGAACAUCACACGAAACUAUUACCAAACACACAAAAACCUAUACAUCCAGGUGCUAUAGACAAAGUAACCGAAAUUAUACUUAGAAUAAGACAAACUCUCGACGACUCUCAAGUGAGUGAUGCAAAAAUUAUCCAAAUUAUCAAAAAAUAUGUAAAACCUUUCUAUGGUGAUGUCGAAAACGAAGAGUGUCAACAGAUCAAUGAAGAAUAUUUACAAUCUUCAGUUAGCUCGUUAUUUAAAAAGUAUCAGGAUAAUAUCCGAUGUUCCGAUAAAAACGACUAUUCUAGUGGUAAUAAAAGAUUGAUUUUACGCCAUAUGAAGGACAAAUCCUCGAAAACGUCCAAGGACAGCGGCCCCUUGCCAAGAUCUAAUGCUAACGUUUUGAAACCUGAUAAAAGUAUACACCAUGAAGGCGAGUCGUUUAAAGACUUUUAUAAGGGGAAAGUACCAAGUCACAAGUUAAGUCGUUAUAGACAAGUGCCCCAACAAAACAGAAACCCAUAUUAUCAAACCCUCAAACGUAGAAUUCCAAGUAGGACUAAAAAGCGAACGACUGUAACUCGAAAAACAUUUACAAGCAACGUUAAAACUAAUGAAAAGAAAAUUAAAUGCAAAAAAAUAGCAAUAAUGAGACUGAUAACUGGUUUGCGACAUGUAAUAGAAAGAUUUCGAUCGCUACAUGAAUGCCAAAUUGACAACACGUUGAGAUCUAAAUAUAAUAAUAAUAAAUCGCCGCCACACUACAUGUACGCUUUCAAAUAUUAUUUGGAGGACUAUGAAGGAAAUCACCCUCAUAGGAAAUUUUUACCCAUAGAUAUGUUGACCAGAAAAAACACAGAACGCGAAGUAUAUGAUUCAUCUAAAACGGAAACACAUAAAUCAUCACAUGAACUUGAAAAAGAUGAUUUAGUUCUUGAUGAUAGUUAUACUUGGAUAAGAAAACAAACCGAUUCAGACGUAAAAAUCGAUGAAACAAAUAAUCCAAUAUCAACUACUAGUAAUUAUCUUUACACAAACGAUUAUUUGCAGGUGCCACCCAUUUACGACGAUUACGACGGUUUAUCUAACACACCAGAACUCAUUAACUCAAAUAACUAUUCCAACAAACCACUCAUUUCUUUAAUUGACAAAAAAAGAACUCUAGAUAAGGAAAACAAUAAUAAAGCUGAGAAUAAAAGUGUUAGUGUAGCUAAUAGAAAACUUGAGACUACUGCCAAACCUAAGCGAAGUAGUAAAGAUUCUUACGGAUUUGAUUUAGAUUAUUAUGAUGAAAAUCAUGUGAAUGAUAGUUCUGAAGAAAUUUUUCAAGAUUUAACCAGACUUACACACGCUGAUGAAAUGCCGCAAGAAAAAAAGAACGAACAUUCAUUUCAUACAUAUGAAAGUCUUUCAGAACUACUUAAAAAGGCUCGAGAUAUUUCAUUGCAAACACCAGAAGUUGCGAUACCUAUUGCCUUAGAUAAUGAUAAAGGGUAUGUAGAACUCACUUAUCUAGUAAAAUAUCCGAAAAUGCUUGUAUACCGUCCACAGUUUCUAGUGAAAAAUAUAAUGAGAUAUGACGACUUUCUUAUGACAAUUAAUACUUUCAACAUGACUAACAACGAUGUACGUUUGAUGAAAAUUGUAAGACAUAUGCCCGAUAAAUCUGCUAAAGUUCUUUUCGAAACUGAAGAUUCUGAGGAGCCGUUAGAGGUUCGUAACGUCAAUGAAAAUUUAAAUAGCAGAAGGAUUUUCUGGUCAAGAAAUAAUGUAUUGGAUAGAAGACCAACUGCUAGAAUUCCAGAUAAUUUAGGAUCAAUUAUCGAUGGACUCCGUUAUAAUGAAUUAAGUAGUACUAAUAAAAAUAAGGAAUUAUUCUCAUCUGAUAGUAAAACACGUACUGAAAUUACUUCUGAGUCUACUUUACAUGACACAUCAUCUUCAGAACUCAAAGCAAUUACAACUACAACUGACUUAGCUGACAAUAUUCUAAAGAUAGAUUCUAAGUUUUCACACUUAGAUUCAGCUGCAGGAUCUCAAAGAGAUGCAGCCAAAGCACCGUAUUCUGCGUUUAACCCUAAAAUACUUAUUACUAAUAGUAGUUCAGAAUCUACUUCAUCACAAGGCUCUUCCAAUUACAACGAACCAUUCCAUCUUUUACCAUCAGGAAACUAUUUAAAAAAUCCACACAUAUUACCUUCAGCACCAUCUACUAGUAAACCUGAACAGCAGUCUUUAUCCAUCCGGAUGUGGGACCAAUUAAAGACAGGAGUAUCAAAUGAAUACAAGAAAGUGUCUUACACCAGCAACGAUGCUAUUCAGAACAUAUUUGCGCAACUCCUUAGCAAUAUUGUGCGAGUGAACGAGGAACGCAUGGAAGCCAUGAAGCAAAUAACUCAUUUGCAAGAUUAUAUACUAACUAAAAAUAAACUGAGAAACUAUGAAGAUAGCUAUGAUUCUUUGGAAGAUGAUGAUGAUAACCGGUUCUGGCGGGCUUAUUCUAUAUUAUUGAUUCCACAAAUCCACCAGGCUACAGCGGAAAAUGAAGAUCAAAUACGGGACCUGUUUAAAAGUAACAUGACAAGAAAUGACUUCUCGAACCUUCUACAGUCAUUGAUCAAGCUGAACGAGCAUAGGAUCAAUGUCCUGAAGAAACUGUACAGCUUGGAUGACUAUGGGAUGCUAAAGGCUUUUCUAAGAUCAAGAGACGAGAAUCCAAGCAAAAAUACAGACCUUAAGAAUUUGUACCUUUUUAUUUUAUCCAAUAAUCAAUCAAACUCUUCCCGAAGAAAUACGGGGAUACAAGAAGUAGAACCACUUCGAUCUUUCGUAGCCGCAAACAAAUUACAAAAACGUUCCAUUGAUUCAAAACUAGCACCAGAUUCAAAUCCAACUCGUGAAUCUCCCGACAUAGCACUACAGAAGCCAUUAAAUCUCACCAAAAAAGCUAAAAUUAAACUAAGAACUAAAAACGUAUAUGAAAUAGACGAUGAAAGUCACUUAUUCCCAACCUUCAAACCACCCCAUAACUUGAGAAAUAAAUUAACAGAUACUAAAAAAAUAAAUUCACAUCAAGACAUAUCAGAAGAAAUUCGUCAAUCAACAUCUCAUCCACAUAUAGAGAUCAAGAAAGAUUCCGAAAAACCCCAAGAUCGCUAUAAAAUUGUCACAAACACAAACAUAACUUAUUAUGAACCCGAGAUAAACACUGAUUCUUUUGAACCUCAUGACAAAUCUGACACGUAUACGGACAUAGAUUUAACUGCUGAAAAUGAACGAAACAGUGAAAUAAUUAAAAAACAAGACAUAUAUUCUGACGAUGACGAAGAUGAUAGUCAAACUACACUAGAAGAAAAUUUUGAAAGUGGCAGAGAAUUCGAUAAUAGUAGUUAUGAAGACAAAUCUAAAUCUAGUGAAGUAUUAACAAAAAAUAAACACGCUCUAAUUAAAACGUAUAGUAAAGUGGGAGAAGAAACGGGUAGAGAACAUCAUCAACAUAAUACUCAUAGUCAAAAUAAAUAUAACUUACUUAGAAACAACAAGAACACUCGUGAAAAGCCGCAUCACCGUCAACUUAGUCAUCAAGUGUCUAGAGAUUUUUCAAGUGAAUAUAGACACAAUAAUAAAAAACCUAAAAUCAAAAGAGAUUCAAGUGAAAGAGGGCAUCAUAAUCUAUAUGUCACAAAAGAAAUAUCAGGCGAAGUUAAGAAGACUAAAAACCGCCCAAAGCUAAUUGUAGAACAUUCAGGCGAGCACAAUCACAGAAACCAUAUCGAUAAUUUCAAAUCAAUUGAAAAGGUAAUACCUUCUAAGGUUACAAAAGGCUACUUAACUCAUUUCAGUGACGAUAUUCACAGAAUAAGUCACGAAGAAAGUUUUCAUGAAAAAGAUUAUAAUAAUGAGCACAAAGGUCAUUCUAAGCACUCCUAUGAAAACAAUAACCAUCGAAUAAAUCUUAACUCAAAAGAACUCAAGUCUAACGAAGAACAUGACAAUGAGGUUAAAAAAUAUAAUAAUUAUAAUGACUAUUUCAAAGAAGAUGGAUAUAAAUCUAAUAAAAAUUCGCAUGAAUCCAGCGAAAAACAUUACAGCAGUGUACAUCAUAAAAUGACUUCAGAUCACUUCAGUGGCGAUGAUCAUCGAAUGAGUGGCGAAUCGUCUAAACAAGAUGUAGACAAUAAGCAUUCAAAAACAAGUUCAAACCACAAUGAAAAUGAUCAUAGAAUAAGUCUUGAUGACUAUACAAAGAGCCAAAUUAAUACACAUAUAAGCAGCGUGGGGCAUUCGAAAAAAAACAGUCAUCGAAUUAAUCCAGAUGAUAAUAAGUCAUACGAAGAAAUGCCAACUAACAAACAUAAAAGCAGCUCAAAGUACUCAAAUGAAAUGAAUAAGUCUUAUGAAAGGGAACAGGAUAAUAAACACAAACAUAAUUCAAUGGGUUCUAAUGAAGAUGCACAUCAAGUUAUAGUAGAUGAAAAUAUAUCUAAGAAAAUCCACAAAGACUAUAAACCGAAAAAUUAUAUUAGGAAUGAUCGAUCUAAAGAAGCUUACAGUUACAAAUUGAAUAUUGAAGAUAUACCACAAUCUGAGAAAAAUGACCAUAGAAUAAAUGAAAACGAAAAUCAUGACGAGAAAAAUGAAAACCAGCAUAAAGAACUUGAACCCUAUUCAAGUUCAUAUUCAAAACAAAAAAAAGAUACAUCGUCAUCUAGAGAGGAUCACGACAGAUCAUCGCCUCUCCCAGAUUCAGAUUUCUGGCAUGACUCACCCCAAAGAAAUACAUUUCAUAAAACAAACAAUGAAUUCUCAAACAAGAUUGGCCAUACAGUUUUAAGAGAUUUUAAUGGUCAUGCGGACGACGAGAUAGUAUCAAAAAUCAAUGAUAUGCCCUUCGGAGAUGGUCGUGGUGACAAAAAACCUGAAACAGGUAAAGGCGGAGGUGAAGAUUAUCAUGAUAUGGAGGACUAUAUGGCAAGUGUAAAAUCUCGUGAAGCGUUGAGAGGUAAACCACAAGAAGAAGCAGUAAAACCUCCUGAACGCCAAUUACCAGAAGGAAACGAAUACGACCAACCGGCUGCGAAACCUCAAGAAUCGAGAAAGAUUUUUCAAAAAUGUCUUAACAAAACAGCGUCAAAAUUAUGCAGGAAAUCAUGCAUAAGCGCCUACAAAACCGUUUGUCGGAGAAUGAGAUGUACAUCGAAAUCGAAAAAGGCGCUUAAAAAGGAAUGCAAGCGAAGUUGUAAAAAAGUAUUUUCAAUUAAAUCUAGUAAAUAUAGCGAUGAAAGCGGCAGUUAG